AUGUACACACGUACGAGAUCCGUCGUGACCGGCUGCAAGCCCUCUGGGACAGUAUCGAGGCCGCCUAUUCCACAUGCGCUGAUGCACUACAUCGAGACGGCGACAGUGAAGGCACACAGGCCAUGGAGGCGAAAUACGAUCACUGCUAUGCAGUGGUGUCUCGCCCGUGUUAAGGGGCAAAUUACCCAAGUUUCCGGGUCCAGCAGGAGUGAAGCAUCCGUUCCAAGGUUGACUCCGGUUGAGAAACUUUUUCAUUUGAAUUCGAAGACCGCAGAUGAGGCCAAUGAAAUCGUAGCCAAAUUUCCGCUGACGAACGAUGGUUUCGCGUCGGCUUGGGGUGCUCUCUGCGAACGAUUUGAAAACAAGCGCUUGUUAAUAACAAGCCAGUUAAAAAUCCUGUUCAACCUGUCCACGGUUACCCAAGAGUCGGGAGCAGCUAUCAAGGAGCUGCAGAGCACGAUUCAGCGUUGCUUGACCGCUCUUGAGCAUUCAGACAUUUCCGUCUGUAGCCCGUUCGCAGAUUGCAUCCUCGUUUUCCUCUGCUCGUCCAAACUCCCCAAGCUCACACUCUCGUUGUGGGAGCAAUCGUUGGUGGACAAAGCGAAAAUUCCCGCAUGGCAGGAUAUGAGCACGUUCCUCAAUGAGCGCUAUCGUACGCUCAAAGCGAUUGAGAACGUGAAACAGACUGCCAACUCACAGAUCGCGACUGCAGGACCAUCCCGUCCGCAGAAUUCCAAGCAAGUCAACUCCUUUGAGGCCCGAGUCACUCCGAAAGGCAAAUCGUGUGACUUGUGCUCAAAGGAGAAUCACCCUGUCCGGGUGUGUCAGCGUUUUUUGCAAAUGUCGGUCAAUGAGCGGAUGACAUACAUCAAACAGAAAAGUCUCUGUUUAAACUGUUUCGCAAGAGGUCACCAAUUCCGAGAGUGUACGAGUGCGCACAAUUGCUUUACAUGCAAAGGGCGGCACAACACUCUUCUUCAUCGUGGCGACAGUGCCCACAAUGGUGCCUCUUCAUCUUCCAAUAUACAGUCCACUCCGAAUCCAACGGCAACAAAUGUGCACAAUUUCUUUGCCAAUAAUGCUCAGAAUGUCCUUCUCGGCACGGCGGUCAUCAACGUAUGCCACUUGGGCACUACAUAUACCGCACGUGCGCUUAUUGAUUCCGGGUCCGAAGAGACCUUCAUUUAUGAGAGUCUGUUCCAACGCAUUAAGUUGCCUUUCAAGUCCGUGCGAGCCCAGGUAUCCGGGCUAAAUCACGCAGUUGCGGCCCAAUCGCAGAAGUUAUGUCACUUCAGCAUUGGUUCUCCGACGAAGCCGAGGCUCCAUAUCGAGACUUCGGCAUUCAUAAUUCCACAGUUGGCAGGCAAACUGCCCUCCUUCGCUAUGCCGCAGAGUUUCCUAAGGGAUCUACCAGCGAUAGAACUGGCAGAUCCACACUUCUACAAGAGCGCUCAGAUUGAUAUUCUAAUUGGCGAGGAUAUCCUUCCGUCGGUCAUCUUGAGCGGCUCCCGGCCAAACAUUUGUGGCUCACUCCUUGAGCAAGAAACCGUGUUUGGCUGGAUUCUCACAGGCCCCGUCUCCCAGAAUGUGUCGACAAUUGUUUCUGCGUUUUCGACCCUCCAAGCAGAUGAACAGCUCAACAGCAUACUUUCCAAAUUUUGGGAGGUGGAGGAUAUUCCAGCGAAGCUGAUAAAGGAGUCAGACUUCGUUUGCGAAGAAAACUUAGUUAAGACUACUUCUCGUAGCAAAUGUGGCAGAUAUCGGGUGACUCUUCCAUUCCUGAAGCCCGAUGGCAUUAAACUGGGUCAUUCCAGAUCUAUAGCGCUGGCUCAAUUCCUCAAGAACGAGAAUCGUUUGUCGAGAAACGAUUCUCCAAAGGAACAGUACAAUGCCGUUCUCCAGGAGUGCGUGGAAUUGGGUCAUAUGACACCCAUAUCGCCUCAGGCAAUCGUCACAACUCUUAACUUCUAUCUGCCUCACCAUGCCGUGUUCAAACCAGAUAGCACCACAACGAAGGUGCGGGUCGUAUUCAACGCUUCUUGUCCAUCCUCAAAUGGCAAGAGUCUGAAUGAUAUCCUUCAUUCAGGGCCCAUUCUCCAAUUGGAUCUCACGUUGCAGAUCCUCAGAUGGCGAUACUAUCGCCAAAUCCUCAUGGACUCGAAGCACUCACCGUUCCAACGAAUUCUGUUCCGUACGUCGGACGGUGAGAUCCGUGACUUCGAGUUGAACACAGUGACAUUCGGUGUCAACUGUGCGCCCUUCCUGGCUCUACGAGUCCUCCAGCAACUUGCUGAAGACAUACGCUUGGAGUAUCCUCUCGCAAGCCGAGUCAUCUCCAACAACAUGUACGUGGACGACGUCCUGGCGGGGACACACACGAAAGAAGAGGCCAUCCGGACCAUUGCGGAAAGCGUGCUGAAGGACAUUCCAAAGGACCAUCUACUUAGAGAAGACUUCCUCGAACUCGAGGACUCCAGUACGGCGAAAACUCUGGGCAUCAGGUGGCAAACUCACGAUGACGAGUUCUUUUUCAUGCCACCAGAAGUUGCCCAUCAGGACUCCUACACGAAGAGGGAAGUGCUUUCGCAAAUUGCUAAGCUUUUCGCCCCAGCCGGGUGGCUGGCCCCUUUUGUUAUCCGAGCCAAGAUCUUCAUGCAGGAGAUCUGGCUGAAAACGCUCGAAUGGGACGAGCAUUUACCCACGGAUCUUUUACUCCAAUGGAAGGAGUACCUCCAGAGCUAUCCUGCUCUGGGAAGGAUCCGGAUUCCAAGAUGGGUCCAAUUCCAGACACGAGUGAAGCUCCAGUACCACGGAUUCUGUGAUGCUUCAGAAAGGGCGUAUGGAGCGGCGAUCUAUGUCCGUGUGGAGACGGCGAACAAGGUUUCCACACAUCUCCUCACUGCGAAGACAAUAGUGGCUCCUGUCAAGUCUCUCUCAGUGCCACGUUUGGAGCUUUGCGGCGCAGUCCUGUUGGCUGAGUUAUCUGCAGCCCUCCUCCUGAAUCUGCCAGCAGAAAGUUUUCAGACUUUCUUUUGGACUGAUUCAACAAUUGUUCUCGCCUGGUUGAACAAGCCACCCUGCAGAUGGACAACCUUUGUGGCCAAUCGUGUGGCCAAAAUCGUCCAAGCCAGCGACGCCAAAAACUGGUCGCAUGUGCGAUCCGAGCACAAUCCGGCAGAUCUUGCAAGCCGAGGUGUCCUGCCACAAGAAUUGAUUCGUAAUCCUUUGUGGUGGCAUGGACCAGAGUGGCUUCAUCUCCCGUCGGAUCAAUGGCCAACAUCUCCAAGUCCCAUUCCGAAGACUCUGCUGGAGCAGCGGAUUAAGUGCAACGUCGCUAAGUUACCUCCUACUCCUGAUUUCCUGAGUAAGUUCUCUGAGUUUGGCAAGGCACUGCGCACGUCUGCCUAUGUUCUCAGAUUCAUCGAUAGAAGUCGGAAAUUGGCAGUUCCAAGCUCUACCGUGGUCCAAGCGGAUGAGCUGUCACGGAUCCAAGAGCGGCUAAUCGUCAUGGCUCAACGACAAACUUUUCCACAGGAAUACCACUGUCUGCAGUCCAAGCAGCAGGUUCCUUCUUCAAGUUCAAUCCGAAACUUGAACCCUUUCCUCGAUGGCAAGGGGAUUCUACGGGCCUGUGGGCGUCUGAGGGCGUUAUGA